CUCAAUUGUCAAAGUCAAACUAUUAGAAAAAAACAAUACGUUCGUAAAUAUUAGAAAAAACUUUAUUAAAUAAAGAAAAAUAAGUGAAAGAAUAUGAAAACGAAGUUAGAAGAUAGGCCAACAAAAACCCAACGUCGCCUUUUAAUCCAACAUAUGAAAGAUACUAGACAUAUCGAAGGAAAAGGUAAAGAUAGGAAAUAUCAAUGGCAAAAAAUUACUAUGGAACUGAAUGCAAUAGGACCUCCAAAAGACGUAGCACAAUGGAAAAAGCAAUGGCAAAACCUGCGAUUAUCGACACGAAAAAAGUUGCAAGAGAUUAGCAGGCGUCAUCCUGGCUCUCCAAUACCAGAAUUAAAUGAAGAAGACAACGAAAUUAUGGAAAUUGAAGCCAGUCAAGCUGAUAGUCAUUAUGGAACAUUACCACAAGGACAAGGUAAUAAUGUUCCUUUAGUGACUAAUUUCAAACAGGAAAAUAUGUCAAAUUACAAUACUUAUAAUAUGGACUACCAACAACAGCCAAUCGAACAAUACCAACCUUCUACAUCACAAAUUAAUGCUGCGGCAACAAAUCAAGAAGUUCCAAUACCAGGGGAAACAACGACAGUUAAAGUUAAAAGAAAAUAUAAAAAAAGAAUUAAAAAAGAAAAUAUUCCCAAUGACGAUAACACCGGUCCACAAAACUAUAUACAACCCAAAACAAAAUUAUCAAUGGAAAUUAAAUCCAGAACUUAUAAGGGAAUGUGCGAAAUAGCAAAGCAUGGUAAGAAAAAAAAGAAACACAUGGAUUCAGACGAACUUUUUUUAAUGUCAUUUGUUGGUGAAUUGAAAAAAAUUCCCGAAUAUAAAAAAUUAGAGGUAAAAAGUGAUAUAAUCGCUAUUUUUAAAAAAUGGAGCACAAAAACUCAAGAAACACAAGUAUCCCCGGAAAACAUUGAAGAAAGCAAUGUACCACAACCUAUUGAAGUUGAAACGCAACCCCAAGAACCACACCGUGAAAAAUUAUUCGAACUGGAGAAGCCAUUCAAUCAGCGACCUGUGUCCCAGCAAUCCCAAAAUAGCAAUAGCUUAGGUGGACCAUCGUCGCCAUUAAAUCUACAGCAAACUAAUCAAAACCAGCAGAAUAACUCAAAUCAUCAUUUUAAUGUCCAACAUAAUUCUCUUUUACAUUCAGUGCAACAACUUAUCCCUCUUCCCCAACAGCAAAACUUGCAACAACUCCAACACCAACAACAACAACAACAACCAUUAAUUAAUCAACACCAUGGUGUAAAUUCUCUUCCCACGCAACACUUUCCUAUUUAUCAAAGAUAUGGAAAUCUUUAAUCAAAAUAUUCCGUAAUUCGAAAAUGUAAAUGUCUAAAAUAUAAGAACAUAGGCUAAUUAUUAUAGAAAUAUUCUAAUAAUACUUUUAGGAUUAAAAAAAUAAAAUUAGUUUUUAAUAC